AUGGCGCCCCGCAAGCCUCGCUGCAACUUCAAGGAGUGCAAGGAAGCCGCUCAACGCAUCGUCGGAGACUGCAGCUUCUGCAGUGGUCACUACUGCUCUAAGCAUCGCAUGCUGGAGGCUCACGCCUGCACUGGUCUCGAGGACUGCAAGAAGGAGUCCCACGCCCGCAAUGCCGAUAAGCUGAACAGUGAGCGGACUCACGUCAUUAAGGGCUUCGCCACCUGGGUUGGGUAG